GGCGGAUGUCAUCAAAUUCAGUAGAACUCGUUACGUGUAAGCAAAGCGUCCUUGCACGCACAACACGUUACACCCCACCCACCAGGUAGGAUUCGCCACUACAAUGCAAUGAAUACACAACAGCAUCACCAUUACACAAGGAGUGAGCAGCACCAUCCUCUUCAAUCAGGUCAACCUGACGCACACAGACAUACAGGGAGACUGGCGGGAAUGGCCGAACACCCGCUUCUCACUUACCUCCAGCCGUCCCGCGCUGAGCCGUCACCUGCACACUCCUUUCCCACGUCGUGAUGUCCCACGCGAUGCGGAAACAGCUCAUCGUGCGUGUGGGGAACAGCGCCGCCAUGCGAUCUGCGAAAUGAGCCCUAUCCGCCGCAUCCGCAUGGCCGAAGACCCUCAGGCCCAGCUGCUUCAGGCCGCGGAUCUUGAGACACGAUGCCAGGCUCGCGUGCACAAAAAGGGCGGCAGUCGCCACAUCCGGCACUGCACACAGACACACGCACAGGUAGGGACGGAGGAGGUCACAUGUGGAAUGUGCGUCAGUGUGCUUACUCGACUCACCGGUAAGGAAGACGGACAUCUGUUCAAUGCGGGGGACGGCCUCAGGGCUGUCGCCCCACGGCAACCUUCCCCCUUCCCCGCUGACCUUGACGUCCACCUUCUCCAUCGACUUCUCCCCGCCGAUCACGUGCAACAGCGCGCCAACAUCACUCGCCGGCACAUGCUCCUGCGCGAAGGACCGAACGAUGCUCGAAACGCCCUUGAUCUUCCCUGCCGCCAACAAUUGCCGCGCGGCCUCGUGAGCGACCCGGUCCAUUGGCCGGAGCUCGUCCAGUGUCUCAGGGAACGCAUCAUCGGGCAGGUGCGUCAGCGGCGACCACAGCGCACUGGACGCAGCGGGCACCGGGGCAUCCACGGCAUCGCCCACAGCACAGAUGCGCAGGGAGACGGCGUUCGAGAACCGCAGCUUGGCGGCGAGUUCCUUGGCCGUCUCGCUGAUGUCCGUGGGGGCGAUGAGGUGGUCGGUAGGAGGCGACCACACGACGGCCUCGGCCAGCCUGGCGAGAUGCUGGAUCUUGUCUUUGACGAACCUUGAUGAGAGGGAGGGGGCGGAACAGUCGCGGAGGAGCUCCAGAUUGAAUGUGUGCACUCUCGACACCGGGCCCAUGUCGAAGCGCGCUGUGCGUGUCGUAACCCCAGAUCUCCUGACUCGGUCGAUGGCGUUGAGGGAGGCGACCGUGUCCUCGCCGAUGGAUGAGGUCGUCCUGUCGCUGAAACAGAACCCAACGCACUCCAGCGAUCGGCACCCACCGGCAGCAAGCACUCCCUGAAUGAACAGCCAGACAAGGGGCAGCACAAACGAAACAACCACCAUGCAGGCACGUUUCUCCCCACCCAUCCUCCCAUCUCGUCGCACCUACCUGCAAGUUGUCGAGGUCCCGCCCGAAUGUCGCAUCGCCCCGCACCGCUACAGUGCCGAUUCGCUUCAAGUGCGCCAACCGCCCACCGUUGAGGAUACCGGCCCACUUGGCUGGUCUGAUGCGGCCCAGAUCGAGGCUCUCCAGACACUCGGACGUCUUGAUGAAGUCGCACGUGAAGAUUUCACCAACGAGGUCCCCCUGCACCUGCCGCAGCGAUGGCAUCUGCCAGCUGUGGGUGUCGAACACGACACAGUGGCUGUUGUGCAGCCCGCUGAGCGACGUGAGGGCGUGCAGCACGGGAGGGAGGGCGGUGGGCUCGGGGGUGCUGAAACCGGGCGGGGCGGGCAGCCGCGGUGGUAGGCAGCGAGCAUUGCCAUCCUGUGGCGCAUUGACGAAGCUGAUGGACUCCAGCGUCCCCUCCUCCUUGGGUGGCUGUCUGCCCUCUCUCUCCGCCUCGGCCCGCCUGGUCGCGUAUAGCUCCAUCCGCACCUUGGCGUGGCCGCCGACCAUCUCGGCCAACACGGACGAGCACCAGUCGGGGUGGAACGGCGGAUGGCGGACGGCGAUGGUCUUGAGGUGUGGCAUCCGUGCGCCCCACUCGAAGGCCACCGCCAGGGGCAUCCGGCUCCACAUGCGGCGGACCGAUGGCUCCGAGCUGACGAUCUCGAUGUGUCUGUACUGCUUGGCCGCCUGCAGGAAGACCUUGUUGCCGAUGGCCAGCCGGAUGUUGCUGAGCUCCCAUGGCUGCAGGUGGCCGAAGAGGUGCGACAGCUCUUCUCGCGACAUGCGGAGUGCGGCUGGUCCCUCAAAGGUGGGCUGCUUGCCGCUCUCACGCACCAGGCAGAACAAGGCGCCCUCCUUCUCACGACGCUGAGACGCAAUUGACACGCAGACAAGAGCAAUAGUGGAAAGCCAUCCCUGAGGCUCUCCCUCCUCUGUGGUGCCUACUCGGUCAUCGAGUGUCUUGGUGAGGUCUGAGGCUGUCGACAAGGCCGCACUCGUUUGUGUCAGAGCAUCGGCCGCUGCGGUCAUGGCGGCCGCCAGUUGUCGUUGGAGCCCCACGGCCACAGAGGAACACGUCUGGACACACCAACCAACACAUGCCACGCGUUGACACAGCCUGUGAGGUCGGCCAGUCUGUCUGUCUGUCUGUCUGUCUGAGUGUCUGUGUGUGUGAAUGUGGGUGGCGUACCUGUCGUGCAAUGCCCGCUGGGUCCAUCUGCUGCACAUGGACCAGCUGCUCUCCGACCUGACACAGCACGAAGCCACCAAGUAAACAAAACCAUGAUUUUGACUCUGCGCGAAGGCCGUUUUCCUCGUCACCUUGGUCUGAAGCUCGAAGAGCCUUGCGAGAUGCUCGUCCAGAGCUGGACGUUGGCUUUGCCUGGCCUGAAACGACACAACCAUGUCUCACAGCAUGCAGAGCAUCAUCUAAUGACCGCUGUUUGGCUUACUUGCUGAGUCAUGAUACGGUGAUCCGAUGAGGCUAACAGAACGUUGCCAGUAAAAGAACUUGAAGCUUUUUUCCGCCGCUUGCGGGCUCAGCUCCCAGACGGAGCUCGCAAUCAUUCGAAUCCCGAAUCACGGCCCAGGAAGCGCAAUCACUGCCCCUGCACUCUGUUCUUCUAGCGCCCUGCGAGAUCUGCCCAAAACGCUGGUUUCAACCGACUCGAUCCAGCACUGGACGCAUCAGGCCUGCAUGUCUUGAGCCUGUCUCCCCUCAACGAAGCACCCCU